CGGACCCACAUUCGCCCUGGUGCGAAUUCAGUAAUGAUUUAGUCAAGUGUAAGAUAACAAGUCAAGUGUUGUCUCAACAGAUAUGCGCGCGAACGUCUGUAGUCUCCGGUAAUCUUUUGGGGUUUAUGAGACAACCCUCCAUCCAGAACAGCUCUGAUGACGACUCAUGGAUAUGAUGUCUACUUGUAGAUGCUGGCCGGCACACUGUUUGGGUGUGGUUUUUGGGCUCUGGCUGCUGUUGAUAUCGUAUGUGAAGACUGACGGCAAACUGGACAUUCGGUUCAUCAGUUACUGGUCAGAUGGGAAAGUAAUCAGCGGGCAUUGUUGUGACGAUGAUCUCACCAUUUGGUGCAAUGAUAAAUGUGACCCAAAGUUUAUCCUGUGCAUUGAUUGGCCAGACGGAGCGCCGUGCUCUCUUUAUUUUGGGGCCACAAACUACAUAGAUAACCAUAACACGAUCCACUUUGGAAGCAGCAUUCAAGGAACAGCGAAUCCUAUCAUCAUACCUGUGCCCAAAGCAGUACCGUCCUCAAUACAAAUAACGGUGAAGGUGUUUGACAAUGAUGACACCCCCAGUCACGACCACAUGGACACACUCUACAAGCUGAUCAACAUCCAGGUCGCUGCUACAGAACAGACAGCCGUGUACACCCCAUACACAGUGUUGGGAAGGACAAGGUUACAGAUUCAGGUCCGUGCCUACUGCGACCCGGACUGGUACGGGUCUGGGUGUGAGAAAUAUUGCAAAGCCCCUCCUGACCAGAGUCACUACACGUGCCACGCACACACAGGAGCAAAAGUGUGCUUUGAAGGUUGGGAGGGCGAUAACUGCGAUCAGGACAUCGAUGAAUGCACAGAAAGUAACAUGUGUCAACAUGGAGGCAGUUGCACGAAUACACCCGGAAGGUUUGAGUGCAUUUGUAUUGAGGGGAUCAAAGGAAGACGAUGUGAAAACAUCACCAACCAGUGUGCACUGAAGGCAUGUCUGAAUGGAGGAACAUGCGACGGAAACGAAACAGGCUUCAACUGCGCAUGCUCAGUUGAGUUGACUGGAGAGAGAUGCGAAGAGAUGGUUAAUUUCUGUGCCAGCGCCCCCUGUAACAGAGGGAAUUGUACACCGGACCUCUUGACGGAAACUGGGUUCAAGUGUGAUUGUGACUUUGCAUGGUUAGGGGAAAGAUGCAGCCAAAGUGUGGACACUGUCAACAUCACGCUCCUGGGAGAGAUUGAUCACACAAACAGAGGUUACCUGACUGAUGGCUUGAAAAGACUCAUUGCAGAACUUGGGGAAAUUCCAGGAAAAGUGGAUGUCACGUUUACAACAAAUACACAAACAGAAUGCAAUUAUACUACAACGUACGUGCAACUCUAUUCAGCUUUGGAGAACGGCGCCUUUCUGGACAGUGCUUCAGUAAAUAUGAUCUUCGAAUCCAACAGUGAUGAAGUCCUCAAUGAAUAUCUGCCUAUUCCGUUGUACCCUCCCCGACAAGAAGAGAAGUCGACGGUGAAGAGACCACAUGACAGUUGGGACACCGACCAGUAUGUGCUGGCCGUUGUACUUCCUUUAGGACUUGUCCUAAUGACUGUACUCCCUCUGGUGGCUUUCGGCAUCUGGAAAAGAAAAUCAGACACGUCGCAAUGCAUAGACGACGCAAACGAUCAAAUCAGCUCAUUUGGGAUGGAUGAGCCAUGCAACAGGAACCCAAACAGACCCGGUACCAUUACAGGAAAUCUUCAGGAUGCAAGUGUAUCUCUAGAUGGUUACACACGUCUUCGCUUCCAUGACGUACAUAGAGGGACACACGUCACUCACUGUGAUGACACAUCAAACAUCCACGGAGCAGCUGGAGAUAUGACCCUUGACCCGUGGAGCCAAGAGGGAGCAAGCGUUUCUCCAGAUGACAACGCACGUCAUGGUGACGCAGCAACAUUCGAUACUCGCCGUCAUGUUACAUCAUACAUCCAACCAGUAACUGGAGAUAUGACUCUUGACCCAUGGAGCCAAGAGGGAGCAAGCGUUUCUCCAGAUGACAACGCGCGUCACGAUGACGCAGCAACACUCGAUACUCGCCGUCAUGUUACAUCAUACAUCCAACCAGUUUCUGGAGAUAUGACCCUUGACCCGUGCAAUCUACGUGGGGAGGAAGAGGAUGCAGAGUACACUGUCAUCGAUGACAACGUCUCACAGGAAGACCGUUAUGAAAAGAUAAUGUUUUAGUUGACUUAGAAGAUGUACUGGUCAACCAAUAAGAAUAACGAAAGGACAUGAAUGUAUUCGACACACGACCCACUGAGUGUGUUCCCAGUACUGCGUUUGAUUUAAUUCUGAUGUGAUGUAAUAUAGAUAAUGUAAGACAUUAAAAACAUCUCUGCCAUGAGACUGACGGAGGACUGGGAUGUCAACAACACAAUGUCAUCACAGCUGUUGUGAAAGCGUCAGGUCGUCACGCCUAAGGCCUGUUGUCGAUUUCUCACUUGGGUACAAUGCGAGAAGCUCUUUGUGUCCUUGCCAUGAUAUAGAUGGAGUAUUGCUUAACACGAGGUAAAACCCAACUCGCUCCGACCUCAUCCAGCCAUUUAUAUGUCAGAUGUACCGACUUGUCUUUUAUUUACUGAUCCAGAUAGAUAUGGAGACUAUUUUCGAAAUAGGGAUAAACUACAUGACGUACAUAUCAUAUUAAUAAAAUGCCGGUGUGUCUUGAACAUUAUUACCCAGCAGCCAUUUCAAGUUUGCAUACAAAUGCUACUCAAGCUUUUGUUUUUCACUGUCAGUUAUUCACGAGACUUGUGCCAAUCCAUUUAUCAACUUCUGAACAAAGGUUAGCCAUGAAACAGAGGGUACAUGGCGAUAACCCAGCGAGGAAUAUCUGACAAUGGUCGUUCAUACACGCAUUGUAAAUGUUUGUAAAAGAUUUCUACUUCCUUGAAUUACGGCAAUAUUCUCGAUAUCAAUUGAACGUUAAACGAACGAGAUAUCACACAUUUGUGAGCAUCACAGCCUGUAGUUGCAUAAUCGUUCUGAUGGUUGAUCAGAUGAGCAACGUCCCUCAACUUCAGGGAACGAUGUCACGCAAUCAACCACAUCAUCGAGACUGACAACCCGACAGACAGAGAGCUGUUGACUGUUCUUACCCUGGUCCCCUGCUGGGUCACAUUCUUGCGGCCAUAGUCUUUGGUGGUGAAAAAUUUGGUCUGUGGGAUUUAUUGGUCUUUGAACUGGAAAUAUAUGUAUUGUCAGUUGUGUGUGAAAAUUGUGUGUUUUAAUCUUUUGGUUUAUGGUCAGAUGUGUUAUGGGUAUGGAGUCUGUACCAGCAUGUAUAUAAGCUGUUUUACCACGAUAAUCAGAGGGAGACAUGCUUUUUCCUCACAGUUACCCCUUGCAAGGAAGCUUUUCAAAGUAAUUUUAAUGUUUAGAUUUUCCUUGCCCUCAAAAUGGACUUCAUUAAAAUAUACGUAGGGUUCACUUUUGGAACCACACUCAUAACGAUUCAAUAUUAUUAAAAAAUCUUUGUAUGUACAAAGGCAACUGUUGAACUGGCGCCUUUGCAAUUGAGAAAUUUCCGAAAUUUCAACUGAAGCUCGGAUUUUAAUCUCGUAUUUUCUUGACAAACCUUUCAGUAUUUCUCUAAGAAAAGUGAAAUGAACUAUUUUAUGUUUCUGUUGUGAAAAUUGGGCUUAAGUUUAAACGUGAGUUUCGUUUGGUUUCAAGACUAUAGCCCUCCAAUUUAUCUGUAUUACAUAAGGAUUUGCACAAAUAUGAAGCUUAACAUCCUGUGACGUCAUAGCUCUCAAAGCGGAACAUAUUUCAUUAUGGAGAUGUCACACCAUCCAGGGAUUGUCAUCUUAAAUUGUGCAAACAACUGAACUCUCGACCAGUGCAUUCGGCCGGUGCAUUGUAUUCGGGCGACCGUUUUUAUAGAUAUUUAUCCUUUUAAAGUAUUUUAAUGUGCAUAAAGUAGGUUUCUUUGUACAGUGUCUAUAGUCUGUUUCAUUAUGAUGUGUUAUAACAGUCUUCAUGUUAACAGUCAUCACAUGUUUUGUUUGUCUUUUUGUUGUUUAACGCCGUACUCAGCAAUAUUACAGCUAUGUGAUGGCGGUCUGUAAAUAAUCGAGUCUGGACCA